AUGCCUACAAAUAUUUUGUUUGUAUUUGUGGCUACAGUCAAAGGUAAACCAGUUACAGACAUUCACCAGAAUAUUGACAACAGAAACAGUGGGAAUAGAGUUCAGAUUAGAGCUUCAAGAAGUGAAACUGGUACAGAAAUGAUGAAGAGGGAUACCAGUGCAGCUGAAAAUAACAUUGAAUUAACUACAAAGAUGGAUAGAAAAAAACGACAGUGUUCACUCAGUCCAUUUGAUGUACAUUGCCAUGGCUAUUGUCCAAAAACAAAUACAAGAGAUUGGGAAAAAUUGAUCAUAUAUUGGAACUGCAGUGCUAGGUAUGAGGGAACAACAUACCACUGUGCAAGGAUUAAUACAACUGGACAGUUUGUGGAAGCUUGUGCUGUUCCAAAGAAUUGUGAUAAAG